GCUGAGCUGAUCUCCAGAAGUCACAUGACCGAGAGAUUUUUUUCCCUGAGCUGCAGAGGGUUUGGGAACAGCUCACUGAUUAGCAGUCAUGCCGACCACUCAGCAGUCACCCCAGGAUGAGCAGGAGAAGCUGCUGGAUGAGGCAGUCCAAGCCGUUAAAGUGCAGUCCUUCCAAAUGAAGCGCUGCCUGGACAAGAACAAGUUGAUGGACGCACUGAAACAUGCCUCGAACAUGCUGGGGGAGCUCCGCACCUCCAUGCUGUCUCCUAAAAGCUACUACGAACUCUACAUGGCCAUAUCAGAUGAGCUACACUACCUGGAGGUUUACCUGACUGAUGAAUUCGCUAAAGGUCGUAAGGUGGCUGACCUGUAUGAACUCGUACAGUACGCCGGGAACAUCAUCCCCAGACUGUACUUGUUGAUAACAGUGGGAGUGGUGUACGUGCGCUCGUUCCCUCAGUCGCGUAAGGAUAUUUUGAAGGAUCUGGUGGAGAUGUGUCGUGGCGUUCAGCAUCCUCUGAGAGGGCUGUUCCUGAGGAAUUACCUGCUGCAGUGCACACGCAACAUCCUGCCCGACGACGGAGAACAGGCCGAGGAGGAGAUGACCGGCGACAUCAACGACUCAGUCGACUUUGUGUUGCUGAACUUUGCUGAGAUGAAUAAGCUGUGGGUGCGAAUGCAGCACCAGGGCCACAGUCGCGACCGCGAGAAGCGGGAGAAGGAGAGGCAGGAGUUGCGCAUCCUCGUCGGCACCAACCUCGUCCGACUGAGCCAGCUCGAGGGCGUCAACGUCGAGAAAUACAAACAGAUUGUUCUGCCUGGAGUCUUGGAGCAGGUGGUGAACUGUAGAGAUUCUCUGGCACAGGAGUACCUCAUGGAGUGUAUUAUACAGGUUUUCCCAGACGAGUUCCACCUCCAGACCCUGAACCCGUUUCUCCGAGCGUGUGCUGAGCUCCACCAGCAUGUCAACGUCAAGAACAUCAUCAUAGCUCUUAUUGAUAGGUUGGCUCUGUUUGCUCACAGAGAAGAUGGACCUGGAAUCCCUGCUGAAAUCAAACUCUUUGAUAUUUUCUCCCAGCAAGUGGCCACAGUCAUCCAGUCUCGUCAGGACAUGCCUUCGGAGGACGUCGUGUCUCUGCAGGUGUCCCUCAUUAACCUGGCGAUGAAGUGCUACCCUGAGCGUGUCGACUACGUAGACAAGGUUCUCGAGAGCACCGUGGAGAUCUUCAACAAACUCAACCUGGAGCACAUUGCGACAAGCAGCGCCGUCUCGAAGGAGCUCACCAGGCUGCUGAAGAUUCCCGUCGACACCUACAACAACAUCCUGACGGUCCUGCAGCUCAAAUACUUCCCACCACUCUUCGAGUACUUCGAUUACGAGUCGCGCAAGAGCAUGAGCUGCUACGUCCUUAGCAACACGCUGGACUACAGCACCACUAUCCUGGCCCAGGAGCAGGUGGAUGCGAUCCUGAACCUGGUGUCCACACUGAUCCAGGAUCAGCCAGAUCAGCCUGCAGAGGAUCCCGACCCGGAGGACUUUGCAGAGGAGCAGAGUUUAGUGGGCCGCUUCAUCCAGCUGCUCCAUUCUGAAGAUCCGGACCAGCAGUACCUGAUUUUAAACACCGCCAGGAAGCACUUCGGAGCUGGGGGUAAUCAGAGGAUCCGCUACACGCUGCCCCCGUUGGUGUUCGCUGCCUAUCAGCUGGCCUUCCGCUACAAAGACAACGCGUCCUCGGAUGAUAAAUGGGAGAAGAAGUGCCAGAAGAUCUUCUCCUUUGCCCACCAGACCAUCAGCGCUCUGAUAAAGGCCGAGCUGGCUGAGCUGCCACUGCGUCUCUUCCUGCAGGGGGCGCUCGCCGCCGGAGAGAUCGGCUUUGAGAACCACGAGACCGUUGCCUACGAGUUCAUGUCCCAGGCGUUCUCUCUGUAUGAGGAUGAGAUCAGUGACUCGAAGGCCCAGCUUGCUGCCAUCACGCUGAUCAUUGGCACGUUCGAGCGCAUGCGCUGUUUCAGUGAGGAGAACCACGAGCCUCUGAGAACCCAGUGCGCCCUCGCUGCCUCCAAACUGCUGAAGAAACCCGACCAGUGCCGCGCCGUCAGCAUCUGCGCUCACCUCUUCUGGUCCGGACGCAACACCGACAAGAACGGAGAUGAGAUCCGUGACGGGAAGCGUGUGAUGGAAUGCUUGAAGAAGGCCCUGAAGAUCGCUAACCAGUGCAUGGACCCGUCUCUGCAAGUGCAGCUCUUCAUCGAGAUCCUCAAUCGUUACGUGUGUUUCUACGAGCGGGAGAAUGACGCGGUAACAGUUCAGGUCCUGAACCAGUUGAUCCAGAAGAUCCGUGAGGACCUGCCCAACCUGGAGGCGAGUGAGGAGACGGAGCAGAUCAACAAACACUUCCACAACACACUGGAGCACCUGCGCCUGCAGAGGGAGUCUCCUGAGUCAGAGGGUCCCGCCUACGAGGGGCUGGUGCUGUAGAGGUCACGCCCCUUUGACCAACAGGCAUACCUGCAUCUGUGUGUGUGUGUGUGUGUGUUUUCACCUGAACAUGUGCUCCAGUUAAUAGAAAAACCAACCCAGCCACCAUCUUCGUGUUCUUUCUUUCUUUGUGUUUCUCUUUUUAUAAAUAAUCAAAUUAUAAUUUAAACAACUAUAUUAAAAAAAAAAAAAGUUUAGGGUAUUCUCCCCCCCCUCAUUUUUUGCAGUUUUCCUUCUUUUCUGUCCUUUUUGUUCUGUUUCUCUUUCUAUAAAAAAGUACAUUGUUGUUGUUCUCAUUUUUCUUUAUCUGCAUUCUUUCAAAUUUUUUUUUCGUAUUUCAUUUUCUCUUUAUUGUCUCUCUUUGCUUUUUCUUUUUUUUUCUCUCUCUUUCCUUUCUCGGUCAAAUGCAGGUGUUCUGUUCGCUCUGUGUAUCUUCUGUGUGGAGGUUCUUUAGGAUGUACCGUGGUGUUCUUGUACUCUUUGCCCUGAAAGAGAAUCCCUGCUGCUGGUUCUCCAUUGUCUUGUCCUCUGUGUCUUUCACACCCUUUUUAUUCUCUCUCUCUCUCCCCCUCCUUUUCCAGUCUGUUUAUAUCUGUGGUGGUGUCAUCAGUAUACACUGGAGUAAAAUGUGAAGAGAUGAAAUGGUGUGUUUACCAAUUUCCUCAGCCUCAAGCUCUGUGUGUCAUGUUCCCUUUCUUUUUUUAAAAAAAAAAAACAUUUCCCUCUGUGUCCUCGUCAUACCUUGUGUAUAAUCUAAUUGUAAAUCAGCUAAAAACAGAAUAUCGUUGAUUUCAUCACAUUUGCGCAAAUAAAUAAAACAUUAACCCAGUGAAAA